UGGUGCCGAAAUGUGAGACGGACAGAAACCAGGAAGUAAAGAGCAACAACAACAACAACAGAGAGAGUGAGAGAGAGAGAGAGAUAGAGAUGGCCCGGGAGCCCUGGUUAAUGAAAUAUGAUUCCUCCUGUCAUCUAGCACAGGAAAUUGCUGAAAAUAUUCAUGAGCGUAAUAGACAGAAGACAACAGGAGGUAAUCCUUCCAAGCUGAAUGUGACAAUUCAAAUAUCUCUACAGAGGCUCCAAGAACAGAUUAGCCAGUUGAAGGAUUCUUUGUUGCGCAGUUUGUCGACACGCCAAAUUACACAAUUUGAAGCAGACAGGCGUCAAAAUUUGGUGGAUGAUUUGUUAACGAGACACCGACAGCUUCAGACAUCACUCAAGAAUGAUGGCACAGAGCCUGAUGUAAUGAGGUCUAGCCUUAUAACUGGAGAUCAGAGGACAGGACCUAUCAAUCCUUGGUUAAUGGAAGAAUCAGAGGAGACUAAGGGGCUCGAUUUUCAUGAAAUCAAGCAUCAACAGCAGAGGAUCAUACAAGAGCAAGAUGCUGGAUUGGAAGCUCUGGUCACAGUGAUAGCCAGACAAAAGCAGAUGGGUCAAGAUAUUGGAAAUGAACUAGAUGAACAAAAUGAAAUCAUUGAUGACCUGACACAUUUAGUGGAUAAAACUGAUUCCAGAAUUCAGAGUGAAACAAGACGUGUCAAAUUGGUUGAUAAGAAGUCAGCCUCUUGUGGAAUGCUGGUGAUUAUUGUAUUGCUGCUGAUUGCCAUUGUUGUCGUUGCUGUCUGGCCAACUAGCUAAUGAAGGAAUACUGGCACAGAACUAACUUUGGUGAACACAAAUUGGAUGCUGAAACUGAAAACUAAACAACUUGUUCUUCCUGAAAUCCUGGGACAACAUUAGGGAUAAGUAUCCCAGUCAAGCAAUAGAAUAUAUAAAUGUGUUUGUAAUACUAUUCUAUUACUGUCUGAGGUUCAUGAAAAAUUGGAUUGAUCAAGAUCAAAAGAAAACUAGCUUCUUAAGUUAGAAGUGCAUUCCUGAUUUAAUUUCUGCCUUAAAUUGAGAGAGGGGGGUUGCAACUCUUGAGUCACUGGGAUACUACACCAUCUAAGGCCUGUAAUUAAUAUACAAUUUUGAGCAUUUGCCCCUCAGAAGUCUUCAAUCUGCACGAAUGUAUUUUUUUCUAUACAAAGUUUGAGGAAUACUCCAAACUUAAGUAGUUUAUUCUUUGUUUCCCGAGUUGAAAUAGAAUCAUUGUAUACGAGUUAAAUGCAGAAAAAUGUCGAAAUUGAAUAUAUUAUAUUUUAGACCUGCUCUGAACAAUUAACUAAUUGCAUGCUUAGAGCUGCUCUAACUUGUUAAUUUGUUCUUCCCUCCUUUUUGCUCUGUUUCUGAUUACAAUUUUUUUCUUGUUUAAAGGAGGUGAACAUAAUCAUUUUAAAUCCUCAAACAGUCUUGUUAAAUAAGGCAGUUUCUACUGGCUCACGCUAUUACUCUGCUUUCCCAGGGAAAAUGCUUUUCUCAUUGCUUGUGGGGUCAGUGAAAGGGCUCUCAGUAGGGCACAGGGAGUGUGUGCUGUCUCACUGCCUGUAAACAGUGUUACUGUUCACACGCCUUCAUGAAAUUGAAACUUGGAACAAAUUGCUUUCUGCAUGGAAAUUCCAAUCUAACAGAACAUUAAUUACAAAUGAUUUUCUUAUAAUUUAGUAACUUUAUUGUCUUCACUUGCAUUAUGAUGCAUUCAGUUUUUAUAAGCAUUCGUUCAAAGUAUUUGCAAUAUUGGUCUA